AUGUCAAGGAAUAUGACUGGUGAGAAGGCUGUGGUGCGGAAUAGCGACAUGGAUGAGUCAAUGCAAAGCUUAGCAGUUGAGCUAGCUGGCGGGGCUUUGGAAAGAUUCACCGUCGAAAAGGACAUCGCCUCGCACAUCAAAAAAGAGUUCGACAAACGCUAUGGGCCUACCUGGCACUGCGUUGUGGGGCGUAACUUUGGAAGCUACGUGACGCAUGAGGUUCACAACUUCGUGUACUUCUACAUAGGAACGUUGGCUUUUCUUCUUUUCAAAGCUGGCUAG